CUCCAUAAAUCUUCUCUCAACAACCUGAGAGAGAGAGAGGGAUGAACCCACAGAAAAACGCCGUCUAAAGGCGUCGAUUUUCUUCCUGAGAUUUUUCUAUGAAUCUUCUCAACUUCUUGUAAAAGAUCUUGUCUUUAGCUUUGUUUGUUAAUGCUAUUGGGUUUCAUCCAGAGGAUUUCGGGCUAUUUCUCGGUGCUAUCUUCGCCGCUUCCCAUAUUUUCUCGAAUUAUUGAACUAAAUUCUUUCAUUCUCUGAUCACCGCCAUUGAUUCGAAGUUCUCACUCAUUAUAUUUGCCUUUUGGGGGAAGAAAUUGCUGUUUUUCGCUAAAUUCUCAUAUUUUGAUUCUGAAAUUGCCUCUUGGGUAUUGAUUCUAGGUUUUGGUAGCCAAUUUUUUUGAAUUCUAGGGUUAUUUCAAUUCAAUUUCUGUAUCGAUGCCUAAAAUUUCAUGGUCGUGGUUUGUGGGGAAGGAUAAAGAGAAGGUUUCGAAUGGAUCUUCAGCAGCUUCGAAAAAUUUGGGGGUAGAAAUUGGGGAAGAAUCCAAAAACAGGUCGGAAAACACGAAGCUCAGCUCGAAUAGGCGGAAGAGUUCUUCGAGCUUGAGUGGAAAAUCUAAGAGGGAAUGGAAGAGCAAUGGGGAGAGUAGUAGGGGUAAUAGGAUAGUGGAUAAGGAGUGUGAUGAUAUGGUUUUGGUGCCGUCGGAUGGAGAAUCAUCUGAUUCCGAUUGGUCGAUCGGAUGGCUAGAGCCGCACGGCCCGAAUUUCGAGAAUGAUGAUAGUUUUGCUGUGUUAGUGCCUUGCUAUAGGCAUGGUGUUCCAAGGAAGGGUGAGGAUCCGAGUGUUGGAGUGUUAAUGGAUGUUGAGAAGCUUGGAAAUGAUGAUUGGGAUGGAGAUGGCAUUACCGAAUACAUGGAGAGAUGGCUUUCAUCCCUCCGGAAAUAUUGACGCAGCCCGGCUGAUCGAAGCAAAUUCAAAUCGAAUACACGCAGAGGUAACAAAUCCGUGGAGAAAAAUAAAACCAAACUUGGCCUUCCGGGUUGAAACUUUGCGCGUAUGAUUGAACUUCAGAUUAUGUCGAACUCGGCAAUGGGAGAAACUUUGGUACAACAUAUUCUUAUGAAAAUUGUUUAGCUUUCAAUUCAAUGCCUAGUAAUGGUGUAAAUAAUCUUUUUUUUUUUUGCUGGUUUUUUGUGAAUAUAUUGGUUCUAUGCUAUGUUUAUUUUUCUCAUGUCUUGAGUUCGGUUCUCGUCCAUUUGUUACAAUGUAUAAAUUAUGAAACAAUUCGGUUCCACUUAGAUAUGUAUAAAAUUUAAGUAUUUGAUCUGA